AUGGCGGGAUGCGACAUUUCGGGUGGAGUGACAUGGGAUGAAGACGACCCUGCUUGUGGGAUCAUCAAGCAAAACACAUGGCGUGCUCUGGUAUCAUUACGCAACAGCUUCUGGGCGGUUUCUGUUGAGCCUCCGCCUGAUGAAGAAUGCAUUUCAUGCACAAGAGCGCAACGGGAUCAUACCCUCGAGGAACGUGCAGCGGCACCACAGAUCGACACCGGUCACACUGCGCAGAAGACGCAGCAGCUUCUGGACGAUUUGCUCAAUGCCAUGGAGCUUGCGUCUUGUGUCCGCGACCCAAGCUGUGGCCACAUCGUGGACAAGAUUUUUCCCAAGUACUUCCCACCCUCUGAGAAAGCUACUGUCGAUGGUACGUCUCUGCUGUCAGUAGGCAUCAAGAUGUCGACCGAAACAGAUGUUAGUAUACCUGAACAUGGACGAUGGGCGAGCCAGCUGGAGGAUAUAUACGGCAAGAUCCAUCAUCUUGCACGAGUAUACGCAUACUCUGACAUUCGUCGCGCCUCCUCUUGCGAAAGAAGCGGACGAUGGCGAAUAUAUAUGGUCCUUGGGAGGUCUGUGGGUUUGGCCAUGGCGACGAAUAACGCCGACAGUUAUUCGUGGGCCGCCAACGAAAUCGUCUGGACGGUACAUUGUCAGAGGAAGCAUUACGCAGGUCCAAUUCAAGCUGUUGAACAGAGCUUAGGGCUUCUGCUGCACAGCUAUGUUGGAUAUAGUUAA